UGGAAUAUUAUUCGAUUUACUUAUAUAUAUAUGUAUGUGUUGCAAUAUUAGCACUACUGUAUUGAAUCUACACAAGUGAUUGUCAUACGAAUGGGGAUUCGCUAGAGUGUUUACAGUAUGUAAUUUUUUAUAAAUGUUAUUUGGAAUAAUACAAAAAUUACGAUGUUUAUUAAACCGUUCAAAGUAAAAUCUAAUAACCAAUUAAAGGGUACUGAAAGGAAAAAAUUAUGCGAAUAUGUAUUAUCAAUGUAUUCUUGUUUAACAGAAGAAACGGUACAAGUUUUGUUACCAAAAAAAGAAUCGAUUACUGUAAUGAGAAUAGUAACUCAUAAUGGUCAACUAUGUAAAUUAUAUUGCGUUGCCAGAAUACCAUUAUUCUUUCAAUUAGAAGCAUCCUCGUCAAUGUUUUUUCCAACGAUCUACACAUUAUGGCAUCAUCCACAUUUAUUACAUGAUUUUACUAUGCGUAUUCAAGUAUUACCAAAAUUGAUUGAAGGGGCAGAUUUGAUGUUACCUGGAUUAGUAGUAAAAGAACCAAUAACAUUCUAUUCUUAUGGUAAAUUAGCAAAAGGUACACCGGUAUCAGUGAACACAGAAGAAAAUAAGGCACCAAUAGCUGUUGGAGUUACUGCACUAUCCAGCGAAGAUAUGUAUUUAUCUGCAGGUCGUGGGAAAUGUAUACAAAUUUAUCAUGUAAUGGGUGAUAAUCUUUGUCAAUUAGGAAAAUCACCUGUUAGACCCGAUCUUGGUCUUCCAAAUGUUUCCGAAGAAGAUCAAUUAGAUGACAAUGAAAGAGAUAAUGAAAAAUCAGAAAUUACAAAAAAUGAUUCUGACGAUGCUAAACCAUUGUCUAAUUUAAUAAAUGAAUUAGAAAUUGGUAAUGAUGAUGUUAAUGCUGAUAAAACAGAUUCCAUAUCUCAAGAUAUUGCAAAUGAAAAAGAGGAACAAGCAGAAAGCACAACAAACACAAUUUCUGGAACAUCUGAUUUUAUUGAUCUUACAAAAGAAAUGGAUGAAUUAUUAGAGUAUUGCUUUUUAAAAGCAUGCAAAACAACGCUCAAAGCCAAUGAUUUGCCCAUGUUAACCUCUAAUUUUUUUAAAAAUCAUUUAUUAACAGCCUGUCCACCGGAUAAAAAUAUAGAUAUAAAAAAAUCAAGAUACAAAAAGCUAUCUGUUUUUCUGACAGAUAUGAAGGCUAAAGGACUUAUUAAUACUUCUGUGACAAAAGGAGUGGAAAGUUUAUUGUCAGUGGAGUUCAAACAUCCCUUGUUAAAAGAAUUAGUUAUUAACGAAACAUCGGUACCGUCAGAACCAGUUGCUUCAAAUACAGUUGGUGUAUCAGACUGUUAUAAAGUAACUACUGAUGUUUUACCAAUAUUAUCGAUAUACGGAUACGAAAAAGGCGACACUAUAGAAAGACGACAAAUCAGAGAGUGUUUUACAAAAUAUGUCAAACAAGAAAAUCUUCAAGAUGGAAAAAUUUUGAAGCUAAAUCCACAACUUGCUGGAAUUUUAAAAACUAAAGAACAUCAAGAAACUUUGUCAAUGGAGGAUGGAAUUAAUAAGUUUGUAGGUCGCAUGACACAUAUGCAUCAAAUAACAUUAGCUGGCACAACGAUCUUACACAAAGGAAAAUUGGAACCCAUCGACAUGAGAGUAACCAUGAGAUCAGGAGGGAAAAAAGUUACAUUAGUAAAUAAUCUAGAAGCAUUUGGAAUAAACUCCAAAGACUUUAGUAAAGAGUGUCAAAAUAUUGGUGCAAGUGCUACGGUCACGGAUGAUCCUGGAAAAAAGACACCAAGCGUUUUAGUACAGGGAAAUCAAAUUUUGUAUGUAUACAAACUAUUGACAGAAAAAUAUGGAAUUAAGAAAACUUAUAUACGAGGUUUGGAAUUUGCACCGAAAAAGUACAAUGCCAACAAAAAAAAAUAAACUACGAUAUGCAUUCUAAUAAUAUCUGAAUAAUUAUGAUAUAUAUAUAUAUGUAUAUGUAUGUAUGUAUGUAUGUAUAUAUGUAUAUAUAUAUAUAUAUAUAUAUAUAUAUAUAUAUAUAUAUAUAUAUACAAUAUUAAAUGUAAUUCAUCUUCAGUAAUGUAAUUAAAACCAGUCUGAUUCUUUUAAAACGAACUAGUAUGUUUAAUACGUAAGAAUUUCUAAUUUUCUAUAUAAAGAAUUUAUUAUCGUUGUAUCAUACAGAACGCAUUUUUCCAAUUUAACAACGAAAUCAUUUGAUGGACUUCUAUUAUUAUAAAUCUUUUCCUUUUACGAUUAAACAAAUAUAUUACAUAUAUGUUAUAAGAUACAUAGAAAAUAAAUGUGCAUUAAAUAAAUCAUUAAAAAAAGUAGAUUAAAAAAAAAUAAAUAAAUAAAUAAAAGGAAAAAAAAAGAAAAAAAAAAGAAAAAUUCAACCUUAUAACCAAUUCGGGUCAUUGUAGAUUUUGGUAAGUAAUCGAAGAUCGAUUAAAGUUUGUUAAUAUAAUUUAUUGUAUAUCGAGGUUUCAACAUGGAAAAGUACAAAUAUUGCAAUAUAGGGCCCGCGAGUUCUCCUCGGAUAGGAGGGAGGGAGGGAGGGAGGGAGGGAGAGAGAAGGAUGUCAAGUUAAAGGGUAGGACAAGACAUCGCGACAAAAUAUACGAACGCGUCGAAAUGUUUCUCAUCUCGUUAUGUUUGUAUAAUUGAAAAUUUCUAAUCACAUUCACAUUUAUACCUUUUCAAUCCUUAUCUUUGUUCUUCGUCUGUCCUAGCGUUAUUAUUAUUAUUAUUAUUAUUAUUAUUAUAAUUAUUAUUAUUAUUAUUAUUAUUAUUAUUCGCCAUGUUUUUUCUUUUUUUUAAUAUACAUAUAUAUACAUAUAUAUAUAUUUUUUUUUCAAUAUAUAUAUACAUAUAUAUAUAUAUAUAUAUAUAUAUCUAUCCUGCUCGACGAGGAAUAAAAUCAUUUUUUAAAACGGAAGAAACGAACACUGUAUCGUUCGUAAGUACUUACAUGACGUCAUUAUAUAUCAAUGUAUGAGCGUGAGUAUGUACGCAUACGUAUACGUAUGCGUAUACGUAUACGUAUGCGUACAUACGUGUGUUCUUUCUUUUUUUUUCCUUUUCAUUUUCUUUUUCUUUUCCUUUCUUUUCUUUUCUUUUUUUUUUGGUUUUGUUUUGUUGUUCAUUUAUUUACUUAUUUGCUUUUUUUUGUUGUUUUUUUUCUCUUUGGAUUAAAGGAAGAUUCCCUCCUCUCCAUGGCCCUCGCAUAUAUUUAAUACUCGUUUUAUUCAUUCUUUUUUUUUUUCUUUGUUCUCUCUCUCUCUCUCUCUCUCUCUCUCAUCUCUCUACGCACGCG